CUCUCUUAGCUCAGUUUGAAAUAAGCCUUACUUCAAGAUGAAAAUUACCAUUGCCAUUCUAGGACUUUUUGCGGCUCUCAUCUGCAGCCUGCAAUCGCCAACCGCAGCGUGUGAUGUUGAAGCAGUUUAUAAUCAAGCCGUGGAAUUCUGCCAAAAUUUUGGAUUUGUGAACAUAUUCUUUUGCACCGGCCUGUCUUUCGGUGCGAGCAACGAAAAAGUAUUUGAGCAGCUGAAAGCUCAACAUAAGUUGGUGUGUGCAAUACCAUUUUUUGGUGAAAUCUGCAAACUCUGCGAUUUUUCGACUACCAUUACCAAUAAUCAGAAUGCCACGAUUUCAAGCAAUUCAACUGCAGGCGCCACCCGAACUUUGAAGCUUGAGCAUCUGACAAACUGAUGUGAUCUUUAGACAAACUUCUGUACUGGAAAACGAGCGAGCCCAAGGAUAUUGAACUUAUAAGAUACUUAACCAACUUCUUUUUGGCAUGUCUGCCGUUGAAUAAAUUACCCAAGCAUUGCAAAAUA